AUGGAAAAUUCACAGAGCACCAGCAACGGUACCUCAGGCCGCCAGUCCAAGAAAGUGUGGACGACUCUCAUCACAAACACACAAUACCUGUCAGGACUGCUCACGCUUGAAUAUUCGUUAAGGAAAUACGACACCAAGUACCCACUGAUUGCCUUAUACACGGACUCUUUUCCCGCCGAGGGGCACGAAGCCUUGAAGAGGAGGGGCAUCAUAGCCAGAGAAAUCCCCUAUCUCCUGCCUUCUGUGCCCAAGGAGUACGCUCAAGAUCCUCGCUUCUACGACUGCUGGAGCAAGCUAGCUCCAUACAGCCUGACCGAGUAUGACCGGGUUGUGCAGCUGGACAGCGAUAUGCUGGUGCUGCAGAAUAUGGACGAACUUAUGGGCCUUGAAUUGGAUCCACCCGAGAUGAAUGGCGACGGCAACAGGGUAUAUGCUGCCAGCCACGCUUGCGCAUGCAACCCGUUCAAGAAACCUCACUAUCCAAAGCACUGGGUCCCGGAGAAUUGCGCUUUCACAUCUCAGCACAGCACGCCUGCACAGGCUCAGACGGAGGGUGCUCCCCCAACAGCUGGCAUAGCGUGUCCGAACGGUGGGCUUCAGGUGGUCAACCCUAGUAAGGGCACUUACGACAAGAUCUUGGACACGCUGAAGAACGGGGACUUGACUGGCAGUUACGACUUUGCAGACCAAAGCUUGCUGGGCGAGCGCUUCUAUGGGAGGUGGGUCGCACUGCCGUACGUCUACAACGCUCUGAAGACGUUGCGAAUGAAAGGCGUCCACGACGCCAUCUGGAGGGACGACCAAGUCAAGAACAUCCACUAUAUUCUCAGCCCAAAACCGUGGGACGAAACUCUGGAGACGGCGACGAACGAGACGCACAAGUGGUGGCUCCAGUUGAAUAACGAGAGGAUGGAGGCGGAACGGGCUCGAGGAAUCAACGAUGGAUUCUGA